AUGGGCUGUCUGCAAACAAAGCACACCAGUCGAUCGCCGCACUUGCUGGAUACACGGGAAGCUGUGGCCCUUGCUGCUGAAACAUCUUGUGAGAAAGUGGAUCUUCCAGAUUUUGUUAAUGUUGCUACUGGAACACUGCUUACAGUGAGUGAAGUUGAAGCACUACAUGAGCUCUUCCGGAAAAUAAGUAAUUCAAUUAUCAAAGAUAAUCUAAUUCACAAGGAAGAAUUCCACCUUGCUCUCUUUAGGAGCAAGAAGAAGCAAAAUCUCUUUGUUGAUAGGGUAUUUGACUUGUUUGAUAAAAAACGAAAUGGUGUAAUUGAAUUUGGUGAAUUUGUUCGAUCUCUUAGUGUGUUUCAUCUAGAUGCACCAGAAGAACAAAAAGUUGCAUUUGCAUUUAAGUUGUAUGACUUAAGACAGACAGGCUUUAUAGAACGGCAUGAGUUAAAGGAGAUGGUGUUGGCUCUGCUGGAUGAAUCAGAUUUGGAUAUUGCGAGCGAUGCUGUCGAGAUGAUUGUUGAUAGGGCUGACACAAAAGGUGAUGGGAAGAUAGAUCAAGAAGAAUGGACUGCAUAUGCUAAAGAUAAUCCAUAUGUGCUGAGGAAUAUGACCCUUCCCUACCUCAAGGACAUUACUAUGAUAUUCUCAAGCUUUGUGAUGCACUCAGAAAUCAGUGAAACAGACAUGGCUGUCUAA